CUCUUCCAUCUUUACUUUCCUCUCUCCCAAACCGGCUUCCUCCCCAAACCAGCCGGCGCCCCCCGUCUACCAUCACUGGCAAUCAUGCUCCUACACUCCACCUCUUGCACGCCUACGCACCCUACCCCCUACGCGCCUGUACCCUUCUCUACACCCAACCUUGCUCUACACUCUCCCCUCUGCGCGCCUAAUCCUGCAAUCAUACCCCUGCACACCCGAGCCAUCAUACAACCCUACGCCCCCCUCGCACGCCCGGCCUUGCUUUGCCCUGCCCUCUGCCACGCCUGUGCCCCUGCUGUUGCACCACGCUCAUGCCCUUGUCGCCUGCGCUCCUGCUGCUGCACCGCGCCUGCGCCUCCUGCACUCUGUGCUCCAAUCCCGCCCCUCUGCUGCAUCGAGCCUACAGCCAUGCCCCUGCCUCACCUACAAAAAAAACCACCACAUACCAGACAAAAUUGGCAUCAUUAGUGCUUGACGGAGCAAGGCUUUUUCAUUUUUAUUUUAUUUUGUUGUUUGGGUGUAUAUAUAGAGAGCAAAAAGCAGAGUAGAGAGAGGUCUUUUGGGGGUCAGUAAUUGAUUUUCGGAGUUGAUUUGAAGUCUUUGUUUGGGUUUUCUUUGACAGCAGUAAACGGAAAUUCCGAGAAGAUGAGAGGUUUAGUUGAGAGGAGAAAAGGGGAGAUUAUUGGCCGGCAAGGAAGGGAGAUUUUUCUUUGAAAGGCGACUGCGAUUGACAUUUUUUUUUUUUUUUUUUUCUGCCUCAGGUAAAUUUCUGAACAGAGGAGUUUUCUGAAAAUGGUGGUGAAGGGAACAAUGGGAGCCUAGUCCCAUCAGAUCUGGAUAUAUUUUUCCUUAGCAAACUCUACCGUGGGUGUGUUCUUUGUUUGCUGAUUGUUUUUUGUAUUUUUCAUUCAAUGUUCAAGCUUGUAUGUGCUUACUAAGAAAUGAAUGAGAAAUCAAAGAUUGUGCAGUUCGUUUUGUCUGAUGAAUGUGGUCUUUCCUUGCUCUUAGUAAAAAUGUGAUUUUUUU